AUGGUCGCUUCCAACCCACCUUACGGCUGGACUAUCGAUGACAAGGAGAUGGAUAAGGAUUACUACUGGUCAGACAAUGGCCCUGGUGUACAAUCUGCCGCAAGCGCCGGCUUAACCGAGCUUUCGAAGCUGCAGCCGCAAAUGAUCAGGAGCAGCGAGCACGGAGGAGGCGCCUACCUGUUCACAUACGAUGGCAAGGUCUACCUUUGGAACAUGGUGCAGGAUGACGUGUAUCUGUACACUGACCCCGCUGAUCUUGAGGGAGUGCUACGGGAGAUGAGAAAGCAGUCCGGAAAAGUGACAAGGGAGCUGGUCCUUGUUCAGGAGUAG